AUGUUUCUCAAAUUCCUCACAUUCACGAUAGCCAUUGGUGGCUCGGCAUUAGGCGGCCCUAUUGAUCCAUUUGGAUCUUCUGCAGCACGAGUGCUAACUCAACUUCCUGAGAAAACCUGGUUAGAGAGCAUUGCCGUCCGCCGUAAUGGCGAUAUUCUUGCCACAAGCCUCUUCUACUCGUCAAAUAUCUUCACAGUCACUCAACCAUCCGUACAUGCACAUAACACGGCCAAGAUUCUCGCCUCUGUUCCGGAAGUCAACAGUCUCCUCGGCAUAACCGAAGUGCCCGGAUCUUACGAUGAAGAGGCCUUCUUCUUCGUUGGUGGCAACUUCACAAGUCUGACAACUUUCUCUACAACUGUUGGUUCUUUCAAAGGCUUUAAACUCACCUUUCCUCGAAAUGGCAACCCCACUGUUCAGAAAGUCAGUGAUCUCGCACCAUUUUCGUCAUUUCCAAAUAGCGUCACUGCUAUUCCACAGGCCCCUGGGUCUGUGCUUGUCGCCGAUUCGUUUGUUGGAGCCAUUGGCCGCUUAGAUCUCUUGACUGGCCAAUACGACCCCAGGGCUUUUGCAUUUGACGACAUGGCUGUUCCCAAGGGUGCAAAACUACCAAUUGGUAUAAGCGCUAUGCGAAUGAAAGGGUCUUAUCUAUAUUAUGGAAAUCCGUCGACUCAAUCAAUCUACAAGGUCAAGGUUGAUUCUAAAGGAUAUCUUGUCAAGGGAGCUCAACCCUCUCUGGUUGCAAACAUUUCAUCUGUGGCGCCUGGGCUUGAUGACUUUAUAUUUGACCCGCAGGGCAAUAUUCUUCUCGCCACGAACAGCCCUGAGAACGCAAUCGUUCAUGUCGAUGUUAGAACCGGCAGAAGCAAACGCAUAAUUGGAGGGCCGACUGAUCCUUUAAUGCCUGAUUCAACAUGCUUAGCCUUUGGAAGAGGUAUUUUGGAUACUAAUACGUUCUAUGUCUCCACGGGAAGAAACAUUUCAGAUCCGACCACUUCGGCUAGAAUUGUGGCAGUUGAUGCCAGCUUGUUGAAUUACUAUUGA